GAAGAAGAAGAAGAAGGUGUAAACAGGAAGUAAAAGGAGCUGUGCAGCUGCUGAUAAAGAUCUCUCAGCAUGGCGGGCAGAAGAGCUCUGAAGGCUGUGCUCAUCGACCUCAGUGGGACUCUCCAUAUAGAAGACACCGCUGUCCCCGGAGCACAGGAGGCACUCAGCAGGUUACGGAAAGCGUCUGUUGCUAUCAAGUUUGUGACCAAUACGACAAAAGAAAGUAAGAGAAACCUGCUUGAGAGACUGCAGCGUCUGAACUUUGACGUCCAGGAAAAGGAGAUCUUCACUUCCCUGACGGCAGCGAGGAGUCUCUUGGAGCAGAGGCAGCACAGGCCCCUGCUGCUGGUGGAGGACAGUGCACUCGAAGACUUCACAGGUAUUGAUACUUCUGACCCAAAUGCUGUUGUCAUCGGACUGGCUCCUGACCAUUUUAACUAUCAGACAAUGAACAAGGCCUUCAGGAUGAUAUUGGAUGGAGCUCCUCUCAUCGCCAUCCAUAAAGCCCGGUAUUAUAAACGUAAGGAUGGUUUGGCUCUUGGUCCUGGUCCCUUUGUGACAGGACUGGAGUACGCCACAGACUGUAAAGCAACAGUAGUGGGGAAGCCCGAGAAAACAUUUUUUACCCAGGCUCUUUCCGAUUUGGGCUGCAGUGCCUGUGAAGCUGUCAUGAUAGGAGAUGAUGCCAGAGAUGAUGUUGGUGGGGCUCAGAAUGCAGGAAUGUUUGGAAUUCUUGUUAAAACUGGCAAAUACAGAGAAGGAGAUGAGCACAAAAUCAGCCCUCCUCCUCACCUGACCUGUGACAGUUUUCCAGACGCUGUAGAACACAUCCUCAAGAACCUCCUCUAGCCUCAUUAUAAACAGCUCGGCUCACUGUCAUCACUGAAGUGAAAAAGAAUAUUAAUGGCCGUAUAUCUGUCCAUAAGGCUCCUGGCUGAGGGCUUGAUGUGGGCGAGUACUUCCAUGAAAUCAGCCGUGGUCACAGUGUCUAAGCAGAUGGCAGGAGUGUCUGUAUCACCUGUGGAGGAGUGAGCAUGUUUUUAUGAAUGGACUGGGAAUAUUGUUGAUCGUAGAUGUGUAGUUUGUACCAUUGUGAAUUGAUUCAAGAGCAUCAAAGAUCUUCCGCACAGGUCUCAUGGAGGCCUCCUUACAAACCAAUGCAAUGUCCGAGCCAGAGUAACCCUCCAUCUCCUACACGACAACGUUAGAAUAAUAAAUGCAUCUUUUUCUUUACU